CCCAGCCAGCCCUUACUGUGCCUGCCAUGCCUGCCCCUCCCCUCCCUCACAGUAGUCCCUACUCGCCUCCUCGCCAGGCCCCCGGCCAGCCCUUCCCUUCCCUUCCCUUCUCUCUCUCCUCUCUUCUGUCCUUUUUCUCUCGUGUCCUAGUAAAGAAAAGACAGUUUGAUUGCACAGCUAGCCCAUGCUCUUAUCAUCCGCUUCCCCCUCGCCGGCUCUCCCUCCUCUCUCUCACACACACACAAACAAACAAGCCUGGAUCGAGCGAAUUCAGCCGAGCGAGCUUCAGAAACCCUUGCGGGCAAAAGCUACUAGCAAGCUCUCUCUCAACCCUCCACUUUCUUCAUCUAUAUAACCCUAAAUUUGUUUGCUUUCCUUCGGUUCUUGCGAAUUGCCAAGAACAAAAGAGCGAGCUCUCUCCUGUUACAAAGACUAGCUUGGUGAGACCGAGAGGAGUACCAGGUAGACUAUCAGCUAGACUGCUAGAGCGAGCGAGCUAGCUAGCUAGCCAUGUGUGACUACUUCCUGCAAAGGAUGGAGGGCGACCAGCAUCACCAGGCCGGGGACCUCACGGACGUCGUCCGAGCCGGCGGCGCGAUGCAUCAGCAGGGAGCUAUCGCGGAGCUCUCCUCCUCCACGGCCACGGGGUGGCAGCUCCCGGCCGAGCCAGCUCCAGCUGGGCCCGGCCUCUUCCUGCCACCGCAGCCGUCGUCGUCGGAUGGCGGCGACGGCUUCGCGGACGCCUUCGCCGGCCUCCCGGACCCGUUCGCCAGCGACUUCGUCCGCGCCUCUUCCUCCUCCGGCGGCGGCCCCGUCCCUGCUGCCGACUUCUUCGACUUCGAGGCGCCUGCCGCUGCUGUCGGUGGUGGCGCCAGGAGAGGCGGAGGCGGCGUACUGGUGGAUAGCGGCGGAGGCGGAGUGGUGGUGGAGAGGGGGGUGCCGCAGAUGCCCGCGCUGUCGCCGAGGGAGAUACGGCCGUACCCGGUGACGAUGAUUGGCGGCGACACCGUGAAGAUCGGCGUGCCGACGAUGAUGCCCGGGCUGGCGGUUGGGCCGGCCUGUGCGUUCGACGCCAUCGCCGGGUUGCAGAUGCCGUCGCCGCACGGCGGCGGGAUCAAGCGCAGGAAGAACCAGGCAAGGAAGGUGGUCUGCAUCCCAGCACCUGCAGCCGCGGGAGGAAGGACCACUGGGGAGGUUGUUCCUUCUGAUCUCUGGGCUUGGAGGAAGUAUGGACAGAAGCCUAUCAAAGGAUCACCCUACCCAAGAGGGUACUACAGAUGCAGCAGCUCUAAAGGAUGCCCGGCGCGGAAGCAGGUGGAGCGCAGCCGGACCGACCCAAGUCUGCUGGUCAUCACCUACAACUCGGAGCACAACCACCCUUGGCCGACGCAGCGGAACGCGCUCGCCGGCUCAACACGCUCUCACCACGCCAAGAACAGCAAGAACAACCCCUCGCAGCACAACCUGCAGAAGCCAGACCUUAAAGCCGAACCUGAGCAUCAUCAGGCCUCGGCGGCAGUAGUCCCUACUGGCUGCGCCACCACCGCGACGACCGCAGCCACCAGCACCACCACCACAGCGACCACGAGCACCACCAGCAACAGCACUCCUCCGCCGGCGACGAUGGCAGUGAAAGAGGAGGCAAUGGUGGGGUCGGAAAUGGAGAAAGGGAUGGACCAUGACGCUUCUGUCUUGCUGGAUCACGGUGAUCUCAUGCAGCAGAUGUUCAGCCAGAGCUACUACAGGCCGAUGAUACCGGAGGCCGGCGGCGGCGGUGGCGGCCACCACGCCGAUGACUUCUUCGCUGAUCUCGCCGAGCUGGAGUCGGAUCCCAUGAGCCUCAUCUUCCCAGGUGGUGGUGAUCCUGGAAAGGAGAAGGAAAUGAUGCCCAACAAGAGCUUGGGCGCCGAUCCAUUAUUCGGCAUGCUAGAUUGGGGUGCCACUAAUAAUGGUGUUGCUACUUCUGCAGGGAGUUCAUUUGAGCAAGACGAGAGUGGUUGGUGACAUUGUUUAGCUUGCAUUGCAUCUAUAUAUGGUCAAACGCAAGCAUGCAUAUAUGCACGCAACACAUUCGAUCUCUAGUAGGACAAUAACCAUUGCAUUAAUUAAGAUGGAAAGAGGUAGAAAAGGAUAAGAUGAGGGCUAGCUACUUUUGUUUCUGUGUCCCCCUCUUUUAUAUAUAGUAGUUUCUUCUUUCGUUUUAUUUAUUUAUUUAUUUAUUCUGAGUGAUGACUUAGAAUAAAUACGAGCAAAAAUCGCACUAGAAAUCGUUUUUUCUCA